AUGUCCAAGUCUGCAUACUACUCGCAGUCGUCGGCUCCCCCUCAAUACUCCCAGCCGCCUCCUCAGUACUCUCGCCGUCAACCUUCCUCAUACGACCGUGACGACUACUACGACGAGAAGCCCCGCUACCAGGAGAGAUCUCGCUACCCUCCCCAGGACAACUACGACUUUGCUCCUCCCCAGGGUCCUCCUCCUUCCCAGCGCCGCUAUGACGACUACGCUCCCCCUCAGGGGCCUCCUCCCCGUGGCUACAACGGCUACGAUAACCGGUACGACAACCAAUACGACAACCGACAUGACAACAACCAGCAGCAGCUUCAGCAAUACGACAGACGAUCACAGUCUCCCCAGAUGGCUCCUGGUCCUCUUUCUCUUCCUGUGGUCAUCCCACAGCAGCGCCCUGGCGCGCCAGAGCGCGGCUUCAUGGCUGCCUACGCUCCCAUGCUGGAGUCUGCUGGUAUUGACCAGCGCUCUUUCAUGUCUUUCCUUGAUCAGUUCAACACUGCUGUCCAAGGAAACAAAUUUCUCGCUGGUGUCCAGGUUGUUUCUUUUGGUGUCGGCUUCACCCCCGAAAUCAUCACCACCUGCGUCGCCACCGCUGUUCAGAUGGGCGCCCACGUCGCCAACCAGGGCUAUGUCAAGCACAGGACCAACUCGACCCUGGACAAGUUCAACAAUGAAGUCUUUGGCCCCCGUGGUCUCUUCUGCAUGAUCAUGAAGUACGAUCCGAUUGGUCAGGACCCCGUCCUCGCCGAGAAGGCGGCCAACAGCCCCCUCAGCAAGUUUGGUGGUGGCCAGAAGAGCUGGCUCAAGGACCCAGUUUCCGGUACCUCGGACGGCAUGAACUCGCUCCCCACUGCUGUCGCUCCUCUCAUCUACAUGGACGACCGUCGUGCCCACAAGGAGUACCUCGCCGGCGACGGCAAGAUCUCCCCCGAGCGCGGCAGCCCUGUCGAGAAGCCCACCACGAAGCAGAAGGCCAAGAAUGCUUUCGAAAACUUCAACGACUAUCUCGAUCGCCGCGCCCGUGCCAAGUACGCCUCCGAGAACCAGGGUGACAUCCUCAACACGCCCCUCACCAAGGGCUUCUCCAACAAGUUCCUCGACCCCAACUCCUCCAUGAACAACGGUGGCCUCAUCGGCUUCAUCUCUGGUGGUGCCUUCGCUCAGGACCCUGAGACUCGCCGCAUCAAGAAGCUCAAGAGCAUGGGCGAGGAGGAGGAGCGUCUUUACAAGGAGUACCAGGAGCGUGUUGAUCAGGUUACGCAACAGCGCCAGAGCACAAAGGAAACUGAGCGACAGAUCAAGUACAUCGACCGUGACUACCAGCCCCGCUUCGCCGAGUUCCGCCAGAAGCGCAGAGAGCUCGAGAUGGGCCCUGAGCGCUCCAUCAAGAAGGACAUCCUCUACCUCACCAUUGUCAACCGUCCUUCAGAUUCUCAGCUGGCUGCUGCCACGGACAAGAUCAACCACGGCCAGGUCAUGCCCGGCGGCCCUCACGGCCAAGUCCUGUAA